CCUUGCACUAAGGAGGCGGCCUGUUCGGCUGCCUCAGACGCCUCCCCGUGCUCGCCAAAGUGGGCCACAAAGACGCCCUGGGGGGGAAGAAGGGCCCGGCUCUCAGCGGUGGCCAGCCAUGUCCGGCGUGCGAAGGCGGGCGGCGGCCCCUUCCCGCGCGGGCUUCAGGCUGGGUGAUGGCGAGGCAAUCGCCGGCGCGGCGGUCCCUCAGGGGUUGAUUCGGGCGGCUCGAAAGAGCGGCCAGUUGAAUCUGUCUGGCCGGGAGCUGACCGAAGUUCCUCUCCAUGUAUGGCGGAUAAAUUUGGAUACUCCUGAGGAGGCCAAGCAAAAUCUUUCUUUUGGUGCUGCUGAUCGGUGGUGGGAGCAAACUGAUCUCACCAAACUAAUCUUAUCAUCCAACAAACUGAAGUGUCUUUCUGAUGAUGUCAGACUCUUGCCUGCGCUCACUGUGCUGGAUGUUCAUGAUAAUCAAUUGACAUCUCUUCCUUCUGCUAUUGGAUCACUAGAAAACCUUCAGAAGCUUAAUGUGAGUCAUAAUAAACUGAAAGAUUUACCAGAAGAGCUUAUUCAGCUAAAGCACUUGAGAAGUCUCCUUUUGCAACACAAUGAAUUACGUCACUUGCCUCAUGAAUUUGGGGAACUGAACAGUUUGGAAGAACUCAAUAUUUCAAACAACCAUCUCUCUAGUAUCCCUUCAAGUUUUGCCUUUCUUACAAAUGUGUUGCAACUGAAUUUGGCUCAUAAUCAGUUGAAGAGUCUACCUGCAGAAAUCAGUGCAAUGAAAAAUUUAAGACAGCUGGAUUGCACUAAGAACUGUCUAGAAACUAUACCCCCUGAACUGGCUAAUAUGGCUUCAUUAGAACAGCUGUAUCUAAGAAGAAAUAAGUUGCGUUACUUGCCAGACUUUCCUUCAUACACUGUUUUAAAGGAGUUGCAUGUUGGUGAAAAUCAGAUUGAAGUAUUGAAAGUUGAACACUUAAAGCAUUUGAAUUCCCUCUGUGUAUUGGACCUUAGAGAUAAUAAACUGAAAUCAUUGCCUGAUGAAAUUACUUUGCUGCAGGGGUUAGAGCGACUAGAUUUAUCCAACAAUGACAUUAGUAGCCUUCCUCCUAUGCUUGGAAACCUUUCUCACAUGAAAUUCCUAGCGCUGGAAGGAAACCCUUUAAGAACAAUCCGAAGGGAUGUUCUACAAAAAGGAACACAAGAAAUCUUGAAGUACCUUAGAAGUAAAAUACAAGAUGAUAAUCUGAUUAGCCCAAAUGGGGAAUUGCCUGUGACAGCAAUGACUCUGCCAAGUCAAUCAGAGAUUAAUCUACAUGCUAUAACUGCAUUGAAAACACUGGAUUAUAGUGAAAAACAGAAAGCAGUAAUUCCUGAUGAAGUACUCAGUUCAGUUGGAAGCAAUCCAGUCACUACUGUAAACUUCAGCAAGAAUCAACUGACUGAAAUUCCAGUAAGAAUUACGGAGUUAAAAGAAUCUGUCUCUGAUGUUAAUCUUAGUUUCAAUAAGCUGUCUUCCAUUUCUGUGGAACUGUGCAUGCUUUAUAGACUGACACAUCUGGAUAUCAGAAAUAACUUCUUGACAUCACUGCCUGGGGAAAUGGAAACACUGGCAAAACUGCAAAUAAUAAAUCUUGCAUUUAACAGAUUUAAAAUAUUUCCGGAUGUCCUCUAUCGCAUUCCAACCCUUGAAGCAAUCCUCCUUGGUAAUAAUCAGAUUGGAUCCCUGGACCCUAUGCAAGUAAAGAAGUUGGAGAAGCUUAAUACCCUGGACCUUCAAAAUAAUGAUAUUUUGCAUGUACCACCAGAACUUGGGAACUGUAUCAACCUCAGGACGCUUUUGCUGGAAGGCAAUCCUUUUCGGACUCCACGAGCUGCCAUUCUUGCCAAGGGAACAGAUGCUGUGCUUGAAUACUUAAGAAGCAGGAUUCCUACUUAAUCUCUUGUUCACUGGGUUUGAGCAGAAACCUGUGCAAAAUGCUGCUUUCUGAAGAAUUAAGUCCGUUUAUUUGAGGACAGUUUGUUUGAAUUUGCUUAAGCUCAAAGUGAUGGAGUUACUCUUCAGGAGUGGUUCACUGAGGACUACUGUCGUACAUGGAGGGAAUUCAAACUAAUUUGAGUAUAAACUUGAAUUGCAUGCGCAGAUGAGUGACACAUGGGUCUAUUCGACACUGAUUCCUGUUAUCAUGACAACAAGGGAGAAGAGGCUACUGGAGUCAAGGAAUUACAGAGAUCAAAGUAUGUUCCAGUCCCUCCUCUUCCUUUCCCAUCAUAUGAAUACGUUUCACCUAAAAUUUAGUGUUCUGGUCUUGGGUUUCAACAUUUUUCUCCAUUUCUAUUCAACAUUCCAUUUUCUUUAUCAAAUUUUAAGAGCAACAAUAAAAUUAAAAACCAGGUAUUGAUUUAAACAGUG